UCGAGUCACCAAUCUAUUAAAAUGGUGGCAUGUUAAGAUUUUUAUUAUUAUUAAAAUUCAUGAAUUAACAAUAUAUGUUAUAUAACAUGGAGUCAUGUGACAUUUAUGUUUUUGUAUCGUAGCAAAUUAUAUAAUUCUCUUUAAGAUAAUGUGCUUCACAGUCAUUUUAUUUUGGAAUGUUAAAUAUAUAGUUUACCGUUAAAAAUGCGGAAGUGUUCAUUUCAAAAUUAAAAAUAUUUUUAUAUUUUUAGUUUUAAAAUCUUGUAAUGAUUCAGUGAGUAGGCUGCAGAAUUUUGACAUCGACGGUGCUUUUCAACAAAUUGUAAUAUUAACUGAUUAUGCAUAUCGCAGCAUAGUAUUUAAACUAACUUUUAAUCUUGUCUUGGCCGGAAUCUCAGAGUGAGAAUCAUCAUCAUGUGUCCAAAUUGUGGAUACGCAAAGUUUUUUGUCAGAACUAUACACACAGUUUUGUGUUUGGGUGUGCCAGUUACACUACUGGUGAAGGAUUCAGCUCUGCGAAGGUCUCUGCUGCCUGAUAAAAUGUUCGACCUAAAGCACUUGGUGUAUGGAUUCUGUUACAUUUGUUUACUACUGUUCUCCCUCAGCACCUACUUCACAGCUUGCUGUAUAAACCCAGGCUAUCUACCUCUUCAGACACACAAAAAGCGUAAAGCUGGCAUGAACAGUAGUGACUCGAGUGAUGAAAUGGAAGACAGUGAUGAUGGUGAAAACAGCAACAUGAUAAAAUCAAUGAAGAAGGCAACAAGAUACCACACAUGUGACAUCUGUGAAACAGAGCAACCAAUGAGGUCAAAGCACUGUGAAGACUGUGGGCGGUGUGUUCGGAAGUAUGACCACCACUGUCCCUGGCUGGAGACGUGCGUGGGCGAACGCAAUCACAGGUUCUUCUGGCUCUUCCUUCUCUCAACAACAGCACUCGUUGUGUGGACUACUCUCAUUGCAUGGAAUGCAAUCGUUAACAAGGUUGGAUGGGAGGAAUGGAUAAAGGUGAACGUCGUGAUCUUCAUUGACCUGGUCAUUCUGAUAAUGGGUGGGAUCAUAGUGUUCGGUCUCUUUUGCUUCCACUCCUACCUGAUGGUGAAGGGCAUGACCACCUGGGAAGCCGUGUCGCGCGAUCGCAUCAGUCACCUCCGAUACCUCGAUGAGGAGUACAACCCAUUUGACGAGGGCUGCUGUAGAAAUAUGUUCUACUUCUUGUGUGUCUGCGGUGUGAGAAACUGGGAGAUGAUAUACUCAAGGAACGCCAAUGUGAAUCAAAAUGCGGCUGGCGUUGUGUGACUGUUGAAGAGACCGUAACGGGUUGAGACCGACGAUGGAAGUGUGAAUUUGCUCAAAAUUAUAGAAAAUGGACGAGAGCACCAUAGCAGCAUUAAGACAUUUACUUUUAUAAAAAGACUAAUUUUGUAGAAAAAAUAUAGAAUAUUGGUAUAUUUUUAAAAUAACAUAAUUAAAUAAAAUCCCUUUUCCCCGCCAAAAGCUACCUAUAAACAAUUUUCAAGCCUAUGUUUUUGAUUAUAUUAUGACUUUUUAUCUCUUAUAUCAAUUUCUUUCAUUUAAUUUUACAGGGUUGCAUAAAAUAAGCAGUGAAAAAGAAUCAGGGCUCAAUAAUUUAGUGUGUAUUUGAAACUGUGUUUGCAAAUGGCUGUGAGAACCUGUUCUCGUCACACCACCCAGGCCCUGUUUUACAAUGCGAUCUUGACGAUUAGCUGUGAGGAGGUCAGAACUCCGACGCACAGGGAGAAAUACUAGAAGAAUUUAUUAACGUACAUAACCUAGUAUGUCUCAAUGAAGGUAGCACUAUGUUCAUUCAUGAUAACUUAGUGGGCUCCUCUACCAUCGAUCUAACCAUAACAUCAAACUGUAUAGGUGCAAAUACCCAAUGGGAGGUGUUAGACGCUCUCAAUAGCGACAACCUCCCUAUUUUAACUAGCUACAAACUCACCUUAAGUGCGUACAGUAGCUAGGCACUUAAGGUGACUUCAGCGCCAAGAUCCCAUUGUAUAAUGAGGGGCAAGACAUAACCCAGUAGUACAGUGCUCGUUUGAUGCACAGUCGGUGUGGGAUCGAUCCUCGUCACAGGGUCCAUUGGGCUAUUUCUCAUUCCAGCCAGUGCACCACGACUGGUAUAUCAAAGGCUGUGGUAUGUACUACCCUGUCUGUGGGAU